CGUCUGAGGCUACGAGACUAGGACCCCAAUCGGGAUCGAUUCAUGGCCAAGCUUCAGCCCCGCUAGAACAUAAGGCGCUCCGCAGAAGCAAGGCGUCCGACCGAAGCCGGCAACCACGCAAAGAUGUAUGAAUAUAUACAUAUCUCGAAGAGAGUGCGAUGCGAUGGUGGUAUACACGAGUUGCUCAAGAUUCGAUUGAAUUACAAUGGACCAGCAUUGUUGGGGCUGCCGCAAACGAAGAGUUGUGUGUGACUUGGGGAAGCCUGGUUGUGCGAAGUGCAAAAGAGUAGGGGUUGAGUGCCCAGGAUAUGGGAAGCAGAAACCACUACAAUGGCUCGAGGUGGGAAAAGUCAAAUGCAGGGAAAAGAAGAAACGUCCUGGGGUUCUGCUGAGUGCCGCAGAAGAGCUGGAAGAGUCCGAUGAACCCGAAGCGUCGAAUUCCACAACACCUAGAGCAUCGCCGAAAGGAAAGGGACGAGCCCUUUCACCUGUUCCUCAUGGACCGAGAGCUAAAGGACAAUUGAAGGUCGAAGCUGAAGUCGAGGUCUUCGAGGGGAGUGUUCCGAGUCUAGGUAUCAAAGACGAGACGACAGAUAUUGUCCAGGCGGUCUUUUACUAUAACAAGACUUUCUACCCGAACUUACACGACUAUUACCAGAUGUCUCCUUCGUCCUUCGUUGUCCCUGUACCUCCGGAGGUGUUGUACCACAUGCCUGCUGCAAUGCGACACACGAUGGUCACCUUGUCCCUAUGCUAUCAGCUUUACCGGAAAGAGGUUGCUGGAGAAAGCACAUGGCCGAAGAUCCUGGUUCAUCGAGGGAGCGCCAUACAGGACCUGAACAAGACUAUCGGAGAAUGCAGCUUGCAGGUGAGCAAAAAGCAUAUGACAAGGGAGCAGGCUCGUAUGAUUGAUACGAUAAUUGCCUCAGUUAUCGUAUUUGUUUCCGUAGAGGUACUGGUGACGGCACUGGGUGUUUGCGAGGUCCCUAAUCCUGCACAGAUACAGUACUGUGCAUCGAUGGAGUGGCGCCACCACAUAGAGGCCAUGUCAGGGAUGAUAGCAACACGUGGAGGACUGACUUCGCUCUGGCACGACUCGCCGUCCGUUCGGGCAAGCCUGUUACACUUUACUUUGAUUCAGAAUUUUUCUGCGUCAACCAGUCCGGUGACUCCCCAAACGCAACUAAGGCCAUUCAACCAGCUGCUUAGCAUCCCGGAGGAGAUGCACGAGGAGAUUUUUUCUUACUGUCUCUGUCCGUUCCCACUGUUCGAAAGCAUCGCCUUCAUCAACCGGCUGCGUAUUCAGCUUGCACAAGAAAUCACAAAUUCAGCAUCUAGUGCCGAGGCAUUACUUUGGAGGAUUGAGUCGUUCUCUGCUAGUGAUUGGGCUGCUUCUCAAACUGGAUUCGUCGAAACACUAGAGCUUGCGGCAGACAUAUGGCAUUGCGCAGUAUUACUCUACUGCAUGCUGUCCCUGGAAAAGGUCAUGCCCGCGACCGUACCUGCCGGGAAGCUGCAUCGGACCUAUGGCGACAGGUUGCUUCAACUAUUGUCACGGGCGUUAUCCGAGACCUCCCCGGCGCCAAGGGUACCUUACUUCAUCGUCUGGCCUGUCACAGUGGCUGGUGUUGAGGCUGUUAAACGUGGACCUGGAUCCCAGUCACUGGUGGAUGAUUUCCUGACACGGAUGAGUCGGCAGGCCGGUACUUGCUCUGCUUUCAUCGCACAGACAGCCUUGCGAGCUUUUUGGGCAUCCGGUCAGAGUGGCUGGGACAGAUGCUUCUACAAACCAUAUGCAUUGCAGUGUUGAGCGGAGCACACCGCAUCGGCAAUCCCGACUCAAGGCGGAUUUUCCAGUGUGGUAGUACGCGUGACCACCGUCGACAUGCGCGUUGGUGAGGAGAGCAGGUGGCAAACAAUGGCAGAGCUAAGGGACUGGCUAUGCGCCUGGUGCACGCCGAAUAUUGCGGCUGAGGCCCGCAGAAGCGCAGCAAAGUGUCAUCCAGAGAAUGCAGAGAAAGUGCAGAUGCGUGGAACAGUGCUGAGUGGCAAGGAAGGCUUAGACCUUGAGAUGAUCAGUUUACAUGUCCUGAUCGAGAAUAGCGCUUUCUUAUCCUUGCAAACGAUAGCAGCAAAUGAGCGGAGUCGUCACUCACACCAUCCCUGUCUACAGCAUUGGUCACCCGCCCGAGGCGGACCGUCUUUGACUGGAUAGGCCAUCAAGUCAUGCCUUUACAUUUGUAUUAUGUAGUGAGCUC